CGCGGGCUGAUAUCUCACUGCUCACUCACUCCAGUCGCGUCAAGUUCCUACAACAGUCAACGGCGUGGUUGAAACAGCUUUGGGGGAGCACUAAACCUGUUCAGACAAGAUGUCUACCUACGUCUCAUCCGACUCCCGCCGUGUCAGCCCUUCGGUUCAUGGGAACAAAUUUGACACCGCAUACCGCAAGAAAGCCGUGCCCAACAUUUUCGAGAACGUCAACCAAGACUCACUGAUGAGGCUGUUCCAGAAAACAGGGGACAUGAAGGCGGAGGAGAGGGUGAGAAGCAUCUUCUCCUUCACCCAAGACCCGGAGGAGACAGCCAAAGCCCUGAUGGCGCUUAAGCAGCGAAAGAAGGACAAGUUCCUCCAGAUUGCAGGCAUGGUUCGCCACCUGCUCAAACUGCGUUGACUGCUUUAUUGGCUCUCAGCUCCGCAUGAGCUGAAACGAUGUGCACUAACAUAAGAUGUGAGCGGUAAUUUGACAGGUGACACGAGCCUGUCGCCGGCCAAGAAGCGGCAUGGAUGUACAGUCAAGCCAGUGGCCUCUCGCGUGGGGCUAAGCGGUGAAGAUGAGAUAAACUCCGUGCAAAAUGACCGGAUUCGCGCGGACACAGCGCGAUGGAGGGAUAGAGAAAAGGAGGUGGAAUGAUGCGGAAUACCUGCGUGAGCCCAGUCCCCAGUAACAGACAAGGAGGUUCACGCAAACGCUCUCCCUCAGACUUAUGCAUUCUUGUGGAUGCGAGACUGCUUUGCACCUCAUAGGUGCUGAUUACCUACAACUGUGAUCGUCAGACUGCAGCCGAAGACACUGCCUUGAAUUGCCUGUUCUGAGAACAAACCGUAUGCCUUGUCUGUAUCUGUUUCACGUUGUGCUACAUGCUAACACUGUUUAUUGGUGGCCACUAACGAAUUUGCCACGAACAUGUUAUAGCGUUAUGACACACAUUUUUGUCCCAUGUCUUUUUUACAAUGUCUUUCAAUAAAUUAUUACACAUUAACCUA